UAAAAAAUCUUCUUAUUAAUUGACACAGCUGUAAAACCCUUGUUGAUAAUACUUGUAAUCAAGUUUACAUUACUUUGGGAGCUCAGAUCUUAGAUAUAAGCUUGUAUCACGAUAUCAUUGGAUUAAAAUUCGUUUAAUUGUUGGGGAAUCAUGAAACAGAAUAUUGUCUUAGGCGUUUUUGCGCUUUUUUAUAUUGCUCAGGUGCAAUGUGAAAUGCUUUCCUUCCUUAAGGCUCACAAUCCAGUAACCGACCUCGCUAGCACGAAACUAGAAGAGGCAAUGAACCUUCUAAAGCAAAAGGUCAAUGAGAAGAAUAAGGUAAUAGAGUUGAGUAACAAAUUACAACAUCGUGCAAACGAGAUUACGAACAAGGUCUACACGUCCAUUAAGAAAACUCUGAAAUUCUUGGAAAAUGAAUUGACGAAACUGACGCUCGAAGCCGAGGGGAAAAAUAUCGAUGUAACGAAAUGUAAAAAGAUGUCGCAAACCUUUCGUCACACAUUACUCGCCAUAUUCAUCAAUGCAACUACGUGUAUAAAUGAUAAAUUCGUGGAGGGCAAAUCUCUUGUGGACGACAUCUUGCAGAGGAUUGAAACGGCAAUCACCGACCUCACGAAAAUUACUGGACAAGCCAGUCAAUGUUUCAAGCAGGUCGACGGUAAAAAAAUCGUCAAUGGAUUUGGUUGUGUUACUAUUUCUGGAUUGAAAGCAUCUUGGGCAAUUGCCAAACACGCACCAUCUGUAGCCUUGGAUUUGAAAAGAUUUUCAUCUCUCAUAUCAACGUUAGAAGCAUCCAUGAUAUUCUGUAUAAAUAGGAAGGCUAUAGUAACGCUUGCCCAGGAAUCCGUAACCAUACUGGACAAUAUUAAGGGGUGCGUUGCGGAAAAGAUCAAGGGCAAGAAAAACUCAUCGAUUACCACAAAUAAUCCGCAAUUGGAGCCCAACGACGCAGUAGAUUACGACGAGCGUCAAUCUCACGAGGACCAGGAUAAUCUAUAUAAUGAAUUAGAGAAACACUACAAGUCCUUCUAGUUAUAGUUAUAAAUCACUUUUCAACUCAU